UCAAACCGUCAGUCUCCAACGGCGCACGGGCUUGGACCAAAUUUAGGGACUUGGGACUUUUAAAUCCAGCCGCACUCAGGCACUUCAGAAGCAUGUCUUUCAUAUUUGACUGGAUCUACAGAAGCUUCAGCAGUGUCUUGCAAUUUUUAGGUUUAUACAAGAAGACAGGCAAGCUGGUGUUCCUCGGGCUGGACAAUGCAGGAAAGACCACUCUACUGCACAUGCUCAGAGACGACCGACUGGGCCAGCACGUCCCUACUCUACACCCAACAUCAGAAGAGCUGACCAUAGCCGGAAUGACAUUUACAACAUUUGAUUUGGGAGGGCACACGCAAGCAAGAAGAAUCUGGAAGAACUACCUCCCGGCCAUAAACGGAAUAGUCUACAUGGUGGACUGUGCUGACCAUGAGCGAUUAGUGGAGGCCAAAGUGGAGCUGGAUGCCCUUCUCACAGAUGAGACCAUCUCUAAUGUACCAGUUCUGAUCCUGGGGAAUAAGAUCGACCGACCAGAGGCCAUCAGUGAAGACGCACUCAGAGGCAUGUUUGGUCUGAUCGGACACACCACAGGGAAGGGCAAAGUGUCUCUGAAGGAGCUGAACCUGAGGCCUAUGGAGGUGUUCAUGUGCAGUGUGUUGAAGAGGCAGGGCUAUGGGGAGGGCUUCCGCUGGCUCUCCCAGUACAUCGACUGAGGCUGCAGUAUUCCAAUUACUCCCGUCUAUGCACAAACAUAUGACCUACCUGUGUCUGCUUCAUAUGGACUGUGUAUGACAUCUAGUGCUUUUCAAAUACAUAUUUAAAACUGUAGGCCUUCUUGUUACAUCCCUGCCCCAGGUUCAGCAUCUCUUAUUAACUAGAUGUCAGCAUGAUUCAGAGGACCGACUCUAUCAGUUAUUUACCUUGACUGGAGCCUGUGGGGAUUGGAUCCAGGGAAAACAGACCAGGACAUGUCUAAAGAACAUAUCAAAGCUGUGGACAAAUGCCUGACCUGGUUAUUUUUAACUGCUCGUGUUGACUUGCAGUCAAGGUCAUGCUUACACUGCUUCAGGCAAAGCAACAGUAUUUUUAAACAUGUGAAGACAUGUUACCAUUUAUAAUCUCACCCCUCUGAUGAAAAUGGCAUAUUAGUGCUUUGUAGGACUUUAGUUGCAAUCCCUGUUUUGGUGCGAAAUCAUUUGAAUAUUAACCACAAGUGCACUGUGAGGAGCUGUGUAUAUGUAUGGUAAACAGCAGCUGCAUGCGCCAUGCUCAUAUUUAAUCCUAAUCACUGUCUUCAGAUGUUACUGUAAAGCAGCACAGUACUUUGUGAUCAGGGCCUGGGAGGUAACAGGUGUCCUGUGAGAGUACUCGGCGUCAGGUGCCAGUUGCAUGCAAAAAGUUUGCAUGUUAUAACUUAAGUGCAAUAUUAUCUAUAUUUGUAAAUAGGUUAUUAUUUAUUUUUAAGUAGAAGGUAUUUACACUUGGCCAAGUGACAAAUAUUAUUUAACCUUAAAAAGUUAAGAAAUAUUUUGUGAAUUACAACUUUUAAUCAUUUCAAAAUGUAAAAUAUUUUUG